GAGGUGGCAAUCAGGGCGGGCCCAGGCUGAUGCGCUCGCUUCAGCUCGAUGCUGCCACCGCGGUCGGGUUGCGCUGUCGCCGCUGCAGCCGCUGCCUGGGUUCCUCCCGCCGUCCCUGCCUGGAGGCUGUCUCUUGGGCUCCGGGCGCAGACACGAUGUACGGAUUUGUGAAUCAUGCCCUGGAACUGCUGGUGAUCCGCAAUUAUGGCCCCGAAGUGUGGGAAGACAUCAAAAAAGAGGCACAGUUAGAUGAAGAAGGACAGUUUCUUGUCAGAAUAAUAUAUGAUGAUUCCAAAACUUAUGAUUUGGUUGCUGCUGCAAGCAAAGUUCUCAAUCUCAAUGCUGGUGAAAUCCUCCAAAUGUUUGGGAAGAUGUUUUUUGUCUUUUGUCAAGAAUCUGGUUAUGAUACCAUUUUGCGUGUCCUGGGAUCUAAUGUCAGAGAAUUUCUACAGAAUCUUGAUGCUCUGCAUGACCACCUUGCUACCAUCUACCCAGGUAUGCGGGCACCUUCCUUCAGGUGCACUGAUGCAGAAAAGGGCAAGGGACUCAUUCUUCACUACUACUCAGAGAGAGAAGGACUUCAGGAUAUUGUCAUUGGAAUCAUCAAAACAGUAGCUCAGCAAAUACAUGGAACCGAAAUAGACAUGAAGGUUAUUCAGCAGAGAAAUGAAGAAUGUGAUCAUACUCAAUUCUUAAUUGAGGAAAAAGAGUCAAAAGAAGAAGAUUUUUAUGAAGAUCUUGACAGAUUUGAAGAAAAUGGUACCCAGGAAUCACGCAUCAGCCCGUAUACCUUCUGCAAAGCUUUUCCUUUUCACAUAAUAUUUGACCGGGACCUAGUGGUCACUCAAUGUGGCAAUGCCAUAUACAGAGUGCUCCCCCAGCUCCAGCCUGGGAACUGCAGCCUUCUGUCUGUCUUCUCUCUGGUUCGUCCUCAUAUUGAUAUUAGUUUCCAUGGGAUCCUUUCACAUAUCAAUACCGUUUUUGUAUUGAGAAGCAAGGAAGGAUUACUGGAUGUAGAGAAAUUAGAAUGUGAGGAUGAACUGACUGGGACUGAGAUCAGCUGCUUACGUCUCAAGGGUCAAAUGAUCUACUUACCUGAAGCAGAUAGCAUACUUUUUCUGUGUUCACCAAGUGUGAUGAACCUGGAUGAUUUGACAAGGAGAGGUCUGUAUCUGAGUGACAUCCCUCUGCAUGAUGCCACCCGAGACCUUGUUCUCUUGGGAGAACAAUUCAGGGAGGAAUACAAACUAACCCAAGAACUGGAAAUUCUCACGGACAGACUGCAGCUCACAUUAAGAGCACUGGAAGAUGAAAAGAAAAAGACAGACACAUUGCUGUAUUCAGUCCUUCCUCCAUCCGUUGCCAAUGAACUGAGGCAUAAGCGUCCAGUGCCUGCCAAAAGAUAUGACAACGUGACCAUCCUCUUCAGUGGCAUCGUGGGCUUCAAUGCUUUCUGUAGCAAGCAUGCAUCUGGAGAAGGGGCCAUGAAGAUUGUCAACCUUCUCAACGACCUCUACACCAGAUUUGACACACUGACAGAUUCACGGAAAAAUCCCUUUGUUUAUAAGGUGGAGACCGUUGGUGAUAAGUACAUGACAGUGAGUGGCUUACCAGAGCCCUGCAUCCACCAUGCACGAUCCAUUUGCCACCUCGCUUUGGACAUGAUGGAAAUUGCUGGCCAGGUUCAAGUAGAUGGUGAAUCUGUUCAGAUAACAAUAGGGAUACACACUGGAGAAGUAGUGACAGGUGUCAUAGGACAGAGGAUGCCCCGAUAUUGUCUCUUUGGAAACACGGUCAACCUUACAAGCAGAACAGAAACUACAGGCGAAAAGGGGAAAAUAAAUGUUUCUGAAUACACUUACAGAUGUCUUAUGUCUCCAGAAAACUCAGAUCCACAAUUCCAUUUGGAGCACAGAGGCCCAGUGUCCAUGAAGGGCAAAAAAGAACCAAUGCAAGUUUGGUUUCUCUCCAGAAAAAAUACAGAAACAGAGGAAACUAAUCAGGAUGAUAACUGAAUCUCAGAUUGGGAGAUGAAAAGAACUGCAGAUCAAGUUCCCAUUGUCUCCUAAUAUGUGCCAAGCCAAGGAGCCAUGCUUCCCUAUGGAUGGACACAGAUGUCACUGUCUUAUCUGAUUAUCCCAAGCACUUCUCCUAGAUAUAUCUCGCUCUGUUAUUCAACUUUAGCUCUGCUUUUGAUUAUUUUUAAGGUUUUAGUAUACUAUCUAAAGUUUGGCUUUUGAUGUGGAUGGUGUGAGCUUCAUGUAUCUCAAAAUCUACUGUGAGCAUUACCUACUGGUGAUCUGCAAGUAGUAGGCACCUAAUAAAUAGUUGUUGAAUUUAAUUAAAUGAAACAGAGCAGUAUUUGGAGAUAUAUAUAUAAUUAUUUACCAAAUCUGUUCAAUACUCCACAUCUAUAUGUAUAUUUUAAUGACUAUAACAUAGAACAAAGUUUAUAUCAUGUCAGUGUAUGUCAUUAUAGAAAUCAUUUUCUAAAGGACUGAAUUCUAGGUUUUAGGAAAAAAUGCCAUUUAUUUUUCAGACUUCCAAAGUAAGAAUGAAUAUACCACGCUAAGAGUGACUAUUUUGAAGUAUGGUAAUUUCCUUUUGGAAAUACAAAAUAUACAUUUCUGCUAUUAAAGUGUUUGGUUGGCCAUUCAGAUCACAUGGGCAAUCAUAAUUCUUCUAAAGUGCUCCCAUUUCUCCUGUAUCCCUUAUAUAAAAUCACAUUAUCCACUUGCAGCUGUUAUAAAAAGCUGUUUUUUCACAUUGAGAUGUCACAUUGGCUUGGGCUACAGGUCAGGGACUCUAGCUGUGUCCAGGAAUAAAGCUGGAAAUACACUGAUGGGUACUGCUAUAGAGCUGUUCUUAAACUUUCACUUCCAGAAAUGAGCUUGCUUUUUUUGUUGUUUUUUACUCAGAAGGAUGUGAUUUUAUCCAGGGCACUAUGUUCAGAAUUGUUAGUCUGAUUUCAACCUAGAAUGAAUUCCUGUUGGAAUAACUGGCCUGUUACUCUUAAAAUGUGUCUGAUAAUUUAUUAAUAUCUAUCUUUAUAAAAUACAGUGCAACUACUUUUGUGUAAAAAUAUCUUUAACUUUAGUCUUUCAUAUCAGCACACUCAAUAUAUGUAUAAAUGUUCAAUGUUAUUGUGUAAAAGGUCUGCAAUAAAUUAUUUUUUCCACUUCU